AGUUACGACACAUUCAAUUUGAACGGGCGAUUUUUGAAGUUUUCCUGCACUGCGAUUUUUCUUUAUUUUCCUUAUAACAAAAUUCUCCCCCAGGGAGCGUGAAAAAUUGCGUGAAAACCCUAAAAAUACCUUCCUCAGCACCACAAAAUCCCACAUUUCGUCUUUCUUUUGUGUUUUCCGCAAUGUGAAUUGAAGUUGGAAAAGUAAAUAGGAAAAAAAAACAAACGUCGGGAAAAACCAAAACAAAGUUUGAGGAAAAUUGUGAAAAUUCUUGAGGAAAAAUGAGCUACAAUCGUGGAGGGGGAAGCUUUAAUUUUGGUGGCUUCCAAAUGAAGAAGCCAGCAUCGGCAGGAAAUUCCCAGAGUAAGCAAUUCUCCCUGAAUGCUGUGCCGCCACCCAGCUCCCUCAAUCAUAGCGGAAGAUCUACCUCGGGAGCACAUAGUUUUGGGGGUGCAGCAGGUGCAGGAAGGGGGGCUCCUGUCUCAAAACACGGGUAUUCGACAAUGGAUGCAAUUUCGCAGUUUGCAAAUUCAUCCCACUAUGCGAUUGGGAAGAAACGUGCCAAAACGGAAGAUGAGUACUUUGAUGAUGACGAUGAGCCUCAAUUGGCGUAUAUUCCGGCACCCAAUAGCCCAGGGGGGCAACCACAGAAGCCUGCUGGGAAUGAUGAUGAUGACGACGAUGAUCCCCUUGAUGCUUUUAUGGCUGGGAUUGAGCAACAAGUUGAGCGGGAGAGUCGUAAACCAACUGUUCCGGAUGAUGUGAAGGCAAAGGCAAAAGGAGUUCGUGGGGAUAUUGAUGAUGAAGACGACGAGGAGAGCUACUACAGGUACAUGGAAGAAAAUCCCAUGGCGGGAGUGGUAGAUGAGGGCUCAGAUGCAGAGAUGGAAUACGAUGAAGAUGGGAAUCCAAUACCACCCCCAAGGAGGAAGGAUAUAGAUCCUCUUCCACCGAUUGAUCACAGUGAGAUUGAGUAUGCUCCCUUUGAGAAGAACUUCUACGAUCCACACGAGGAGAUUGCAGCCCUUUCCGCUGCCCAGGUGGACAAUCUGCGCAAGGCUCUGGGGAUUAAGGUCACGGGGUUGGUGCCACCGCAUCCCGUUGCGAGUUUUGCGCACUUCAACUUCGACGAGAACCUCAUGAAGGCAAUCCGGAAGGCGGACUACACACAGCCCACGCCCAUUCAGGCUCAAGCCAUUCCCGCAGCCCUCGGGGGUCGUGACAUCAUUGGCAUUGCAAAGACUGGAAGCGGCAAGACGGCUGCCUUCAUUUGGCCCAUGUUGGUACACAUAAUGGAUCAGAAGGAACUCCAACCGGGCGAUGGACCCAUCGGGCUCAUCCUGGCGCCCACGAGGGAGCUCUCGCUGCAAAUCUACAAUGAGGCAAAACGCUUUGGGAAGGUCUACAACAUCUUCGUGGUGUGCUGCUACGGUGGAGGCUCCAAGUGGGAGCAGAGUAAAGCCCUGGAGCAGGGAGCUGAGAUUGUUGUUGCCACCCCGGGGAGAAUGAUUGACAUGGUGAAGAUGAAGGCAACAAACCUGAAGAGAGUCUCCUUCCUCGUACUCGAUGAGGCGGACAAGAUGUUCAACAUGGGAUUUGAGCCACAAGUUCGUUCCAUUUGCAACCACGUGCGUCCGGAUCGGCAGACACUCCUCUUCAGCGCCACAUUCAAGAAGCGCAUUGAGAAGCUUGCACGAGACGUCCUCACGGAUCCAGUGAGAAUUGUCCAGGGAGACUUGGGGGAGGCCAAUGAGGAUGUAACGCAGCACAUGCUGGUCUUCAGCAAUCCCACCCACAAAUGGAAUUGGCUCCUGGCUAAACUCGUGCAGUUCCUCUCCGAGGGCAGCAUUUUGAUAUUUGUGACGAAGAAGGCGGAUGCAGAGCAGGUGGCGAAUAAUCUGAAGCUGAAGGAGUACGAUCCGGUGUUGUUGCACGGAGACAUGGAUCAGGCGGAUAGGAAUCGCGUGAUAAUGAUGUUUAAGAAGCGCGAAGUGGACAUAAUGGUGGCAACGGAUGUGGCUGCUCGUGGUUUGGACAUCCCGCACAUUAAGACCGUUGUGAAUUACGACAUUGCUCGCGAUAUUGACACCCACACGCAUCGGAUUGGUCGAACAGGACGUGCUGGGGAGAAGGGAACCGCCUACACGCUCGUAACGGACAAGGAUAAGGAGUUUGCGGGACAUCUCGUGAGAAAUCUCGAAGGGGCUAAUCAGGAGGUGCCGCAGGAUCUACUCAAUCUCGCCAUGCAGAGCUCUUGGUUCCGGAAAUCGCGCUUCAAGAGCGGCAAAGCGAAGCCACUGAAUGUUGGUGGUGCCGGAUUGGGGUACCGUGAGCGCCCAAGUAGCAGUGGGGAUGCAUCUGGUGGUGCACAAGGAAGCAAUCAUGGUGUUGUGAGGCCCACAAAGGGGCCAGCAACUGAUCGUCUCUCAGCAAUGAAGGAAACCUUCAGGAAUCAGUACAAUUCACAGUUUAAGGCUUCUACGGAUCGCACCUGGGAGAAGACAUUGCCACCUCAGGGAGUUUUCGCUCCACCAUCACUUCCCGGAUCCGAAGCACAGCAAUCCUCCCAGGCGGAAACGAAGAAAGCGAAGAAAAGUCGGUGGAAUUAAUUGAAUUUUCACCAAAAACUUACAUUUUUUCAGCCUCUGCUUCGCAAUUUGUGUAAUUUAAAAACAUUUAAUAAAUUGAAUUGACUUUCUGCCAA